AUGACUUUCAUAGCCAAAACCUUUUAUGACCUGUGUGCUACCACGCUGGAAGGGGAUUCGAUAGAUUUUAAUGUCUAUCGAGGACGAGUGGUACUUAUUGAAAAUGUAGCCUCGCUAUGAGGCACCACCACGAGGGACUACAGCCAGCUCAACGAGCUCCAGAGGAGAUACCCGCACCGGCUGGUGGUCCUGGCCUUUCCCUGUAACCAGUUUGGCUAUCAGGAAAACUGCACAAAUGCAGAGAUCCCAAGCUCCCUAAAGCAUGUACGACCAGGUGGAGGGUAUGAACCCGCCUUCACUAUUUUUCAGAAGUGUGACGUGAAUGGUUCCAACACACAUCCUGUCUUUGCAUACCUGAAAGACAAGCUUCCAUAUCCUGAUGAUGACCCAGUCUCCCUUAUGCAGGACCCCAAGUUCUUGGUAUGGAGCCCCAUCAGUCGGACGGAUAUCUCGUGGAAUUUUGAGAAGUUCCUGAUUGGCCCAGAGGGCGAGCCCUUUAAAAGAUACAGCAAAAAUUUCCAGACCACUGGCAUAGAACCCGACAUCCAGAGGUUACUUCGGCUGACUAAGAACUAGUCUCAUGUAAACUCGGCAUCAAAAUGUAUUUCAUCUGAAUGUGGGCACCACUAUGUACAGCCUCCUUUACCUUCUCUUAUUUUACUUAAUGACGUGAUGCUCUAAACUUAUCAAGGGAGUAUCAGCUGAGACACUGUAAAUAUAAAAGAUGUGUAGAGGAUGCUUGCAAAGAUGUGUGGAAUGUAUGAU